AAUCCUUCGCAUUCUACUGAAUAUGAGGAUCUGCGCAUGACUGUGAAUCACGAUCACGUGUACAUGAAACAUGGUGAGGUACCAUGGGAAAUUCCUAGAGACGCUAUUCGUCUUGGAAAAACCAUUGCAGAAGGGUCAUUUGGAAAAGUAGUGAAAGCGUCGACAACGAGUAAUCAAUCAGUAAAUGGACACUUAACUGUAGCUGUAAAAAUGUUAAAUAAUGGGCUUACUGAUGAGUAUUAUAGUUCACUAUUGAGGGAGUUGGAGUUGCUUAAAUCAAUAACAUCACAUAAACAAGUUGUGACGUUGAUUGGAUGUUGUACACACGAUGGUCCUAUAUUCAUUGUCCUGGAAUAUUUGGUUUUUGGUAACCUCCAAACUUAUCUUCGUGAACGAAAAACAAAUAUAGAAAAUACAUAUGCCAAUCUGGGAGAACGUGUGCCCACAUUAUCUCAACAUAAUUGUGUUGGUUUUUCACAUCAGAUAUCUCUAGCAAUGGAAUUCAUUGAAGAAAAAGGUUGUGUUCACCGGGAUUUGGCUGCUCGCAAUGUAUUAUUGAAUGACAAGCUAGUAUGCAAAUUAUCUGGAUUUGGAUUGGCAACUGAUGUCCUGGAUCAACGUGAAUAUGAGAGAAGGACUCAGGGACGUUUACCCGUACGUUGGAUGGCACCAGAGUCUAUAUUAGACGGCGUGUAUACAAGCAAGAGCGAUGUUUGGUCAUACGGUAUCGUUUUAUGGGAGAUAGCAACACUAG